AACCAGCUGUCCGUUGACAUCGUAAACGGAUAUGAGCUAGGCAGAUCUGUACAUCGUAUCUGAAAUGUCAUCUAGUUUACUCUUGGCUUUUUGUCCAGACCGGAGCCAGAGCGGCUGUGGCUUAGUUGAUAAAGGGGUAUGAGGUUUCUACAGUAGUAAAGGCUAAAAUAUACUAACACAAGCUACAAUCGCAAUGGCCAAUACCUUACAAACCCCCGUAUCAAGGCUACGCGCUGCUCUUUCAACACCUGGGCAUAUUGUCGUCAGUCCGGGGGUAUAUGAUGGCCUUACUGCAAGAAUAGCCUUAGGGGUUGGUUUUGACUGUUUAUAUAUGACAGGAGCUGGAACGACAAUGUCUCGACUUGGGAUGCCAGAUUUGGGCAUAGCUACUUUGAACGAUAUGAGGGAUAAUGCAGCCAUGAUAGCCUCAUUAGAUCCAUCCGUUCCACUAGUAGCGGAUUCCGACACAGGCUUUGGAGGUCCCCUGAUGGUCGGAAGAACAGUUUCGCAGUAUAUAAGAGCCGGGGUCGCCGCUCUCCAUCUUGAGGAUCAAGUGCAGUCGAAGCGAUGUGGACAUCUGAUGAACAAGGAACUUGUCUCGGAAACCGAGUUCAUCUCUCGGAUUCGAGCGGCGGUCCUAGCACGUGAACAGGAAAAGGAGGACAUUGUCAUCAUCGCUAGAACAGACGCAUUAGACUCGUUAGGCUAUGAAGCUGCUAGAGACCGGCUAAGGAAGGCCGUCGAGACGGGAGCAGAUUUAGUUUUCCUCGAGGGCAUCAAGACCGAAGAUCAAGGCAGACAAAUCUGCGAGGAUAUGGCCCCUACGCCGUGUCUUUUCAACUGCGUACCUGGUGGUGUUUCUCCCGUCUUGUCCGUGCAAGAAGCAAAGGAUUUAGGCUAUCGAAUGAUAAUACUUCCCGCCUUUGCCUUAGGACCUGUCUACGAGGCGGUAACGGAAGCAGCUAAAGCCUUGAAGGAUACUGGUAUCUCUGUCGAAUAUAAGACCAGAGCCAGUCCCAGAGAUGUCUUUAUUGCGUGUGGGUUGAAAGAGUGUAUCGCUUUUGAUGCUGCGGCGGGUGGCAAGUCGUUCUCUAAGGGAAUUUAACAUAUCUUUCAAAACACUACAGCUGUGCAUCGGACCUUUAAAAGUAGGGUAGUUAUCAUGAGACUUUAUCAUUAAUUAUCGAUAAAU